CACAAGGCGAGGGUCAUACUACCGACAUCAAUUCCGGUAGAGGUGGACGCUAUUUGUACUUGUGUUGGAAUUUUGCUUAAGUUAGUGAUCAAGCUAUUCAAUCAACAGCUAUUUAAAGCUGUAAAAUAUUGGGUUAGACAAAAAUUGAAAGACAUGGGCAUUAUGUGCAACAAAAUAUGUUUAAUUAGUAUCCGAAUUAUAACCCUGGGAUGCGCCAUAUCAGCCUUUAUGGUCACUACUGGGUUUGAUACACAAACAUCAUUCACCAUGUCGUGCACCCGCUUUGAUAAGACAGCGGGUACCACAUAUUCUCCAUACUUCAAAGAAAAAUUCACGUUUAACGUCGAGUAUCCGUUCAAAUUCACGGAUCAAACACUUAAAUCCUACCGGAGCUGCGCUAACCCUACCGGCACCCGACAGGCAACUACAUAUCAAAAUGAUUACUCAUUUGGUGCCCACUUUUACGCCAUGACGUGUCUUAUAUGCGCCGUAUACUCAAUGGCCGUACUCGUACUAUGCGCAUGCGCUAGACGUCCAUUAUGGGCCACCAUUGACAUGAUUGGCACCAUUAUGUUGGCCAUAGCUUGUCCGGUGGCUACCACUGUAUGGGCGGUAACCGUACAUAAAAUACGUCAUUUUGCAAAUCCAUGUAAUUUAUGGCGAGGGCUGGAGUUUUGCAGCGAUCCCAACACAGCCGAUAGCGCUAAUCCUCGCGGCGAGUGCUAUGAGUCAAACCUCGGGAAGUGGACUAUGCUCAAUAUAUCACAAAUUUGUGGUUUUGUUAAUGUAUUCUUAUGGACGCUGAGUGUGUGGUUUGUCUAUCGACAGACCCAAUCCCGUGGCCAACAAGUGUCGGAUCAAAAGGUAGCGCCCGUUUUGGGCAAACCUAAGGCCUGGUUUGGAGAGCAAACGCCGCAAUUGUCGCGACACAAGUUGGGCGCCGGGUAUUAGCCAAU